AAGUCAGUAUUGACCGUUCGUGGAAGUUUUGCGAGAGAGAGAGAAAGAAACCCAGAGAGAGAGAGAGAGACCCCUCCUCAAGUAGUAGAGAAAGAGACCACAAAUCAAUUAAAAAAAACAAAAAAGAAGAAGAAGAACAGAAAGCUCUCUCUCUCUCUCUCAGAGGUCGGUCUUCGUCUUCUCCAAAUUUCGAUCCCUUCCUUCCUCUGUCAUAUGUUGUUGGCUUGAUCCUUUCAGUAAAGCCUUCUUGCCCCCUAAACGUUCUCAACCCGAGGUCGCUAUAAUUCUGACAUAGAGAGCCAAUGCCAUAUAUAGACAUGAAGAGCAAAACAAGCAAGCCUCUUGGUGUCGUCUCUAAGAAACCUAAACCAACUAUUAGAAAUUCAUCCUCUCUCCCCAAAAUCUCAGGGCACUUGGAAAGCAUCACAACCACAGCUACUCUUACUUGCCAAGACGAAGCUAAACAGCAACUUGGUUCGGAUACUUUUGCUCGGGAUGUUAAAACCAACGAGCCCGCUGAAAUGCUUGUUGAAGACACCUCUCAGUCUCAGGCGUUUGCAUCUUCCGUUGAUGCUGCUUCUGAAUCAGUCGCAAAAAUGGAGAUGGCUUGCAAUCAUAUGCUCAACUCUGAUACAAUAUUUUCACCUGUUCUGAAUGAUGAACUCGAUGGAGCUGAUCGAGUCUUUACGGCAGGAAACUCUGUGCACUGGGAAAUUCCCAGGUGGGGAGGCGACGAGAGCAGCAACAAGAUUUGCUUUGACAACCAGACGUGCAACGUUUCUGAUUUCUUUAUAUCUGACGUUUUAAUUGCGAGCUUGCCGUUUGAUGAGAGUGGAAACAAUGAUGCUUUCACCGAGAUAAGCCCCUUGCCUCAUUUCAUAUUCCCAGAGCAGUACAUGUUACUGCCUUACUUGGAAGAUGGAGCAGCCAACACAGAUGAUGUCAAGUCAGAUGCUGACAACAGGAUUACUCUCGAUAACCAUGACUUCUUUCUGGCGUUCAACCGGACAAGAUCACACAACAUGCAACCGGAGGAUAUUGCUGAAUCUGAACAAGCUGAUGAUUUUGAUCCUCAGCUAUUUAUAAAAAAUCAGCCGGAACUAUCGGACGUUGUAUCCAGCUAUUGGCCUAGGGAUACCCUAAGAAAGAAGGAUGUGACCCUUGUCCUUGAUUUGGAUGAAACUUUGGUCCAUUCGACUCUGGAAUCGUGCAGUGGUGCGGAUUUUUCCUUUAGAGUCUUCUUCAAUAUGCAAGAGAACACGGUCUAUGUGAAGCAAAGGCCACACCUGUACAAGUUCUUGGAGAGGGUAGUCGAACUGUUCCAUGUCGUUAUCUUCACGGCUAGCCACAGCAUCUAUGCUUCACAACUUCUAGAUAUAUUGGACCCAGAUGGAAAGUUCAUAUCGCAGCGCUUUUAUCGAGACUCGUGCAUUCUUUCGGAAGGAAUUUACACCAAGGAUUUAACUGUUCUGGGUCUUGAUUUGGCCAAAGUGGCUAUAAUUGACAACUGUCCGCAGGUGUACAGGUUGCAAAUAAAUAACGGGAUCCCUAUCAAAAGUUGGUAUGAUGAUCCAACUGAUGAUGGUUUGAUUACUAUACUUCCCUUCCUAGAGACUUUGGCUGUUGCUGAUGAUGUUCGGCCUAUCAUUGGCAGGAGAUUUGGUAACAAGGAAUAAGAGCUUCCUUCUCUCUUUUUUGUCUAUAUACAUCGAGUGCAGAUUCUGAUUUCUCUCCUUUGGAAUUUUAGUCAUAAAAUGGCCCUUAAUUUUUAGUUCUUCAACCUCCUUUUAGGUCUGUUAAUUAGGUAACCAAAGAAUAAGCUCGUCUGAGUCUAGUGAGAGUAAGUAUUCCUUGCUUGCUCGCUUUUUUUAGAACCUUCUGAAUAGAAGAACUAGUUGUGGGCUUAAAUCCUAUUCUGUUAAUGGUUCUUCUCUGCCGAGAUAGAUCUUGCAGAUUGUUACAAAUGUACAGUUGGUUUAAGCUGAGAUAAUGGAUGUGUAUAAAUGAGUUCUUAUUGAGUGAAAUCAUUUUGGAAGUUAACACCAGUUGCGUUCAUGUCUUUCUCUUAUACUGAUAGUUAAACCUUUUUAGUUGCCUUUUACCAGUAAUAUAAACACGGAGAAUGCUAUGCUAAUAAUGCAGAAGUUGAGCUUGUAUGGUUUAUUUUAAAGGUUUUAAGCAAAGUUAUUACACUUUUGCGCCUCUGGCCGUUGCAAAAUUCAGAUUAGAAAUCAUACUUCGAGGUGGGAGAAUACUGAAAAUGCCAUGAUCGAUUCAACUCCAUGGUAUAUAUGUAUAUAGUCUUGUAUCCUCGUAAAAGUUUUCAUGAUUUUGCAUGCCUGAUGUGCAGAUCUAUCAUCGAACGAAGUAACCAACUCUAACUAUAUUAUACGCUUUAAGGAAAUGACUGAGUAAGUUAUGUUACAUCCGUUUUUUACUUGUCAAUUGUUUUUCUCUCUAACAGCUUCCUUUACUUCUGGCCUUUUGUUUCCCUCUAUAUCUAAUCUUUUGGUUUGCCUUAGCUGAAGCCAAUGUAAUCUUUAUACUAAAAGCUGUUUCCCAGUCUGUUAACUCAGUCCAAACGUGUUCCUGUC